CCUUAUUUUCUAAGCAAGUCCUUAUUAACAUUUACGUAAGGCUAAUCGCCCGCGAUCUUGGAUAACAACACACAAAAACAUCCGCACCGAUUGAUACGCAGAAUACAUUGGAAAACGAAGUUAGCUCUAAGUCGUAUCGUAAGUCACACUGUCUCCAAAGCUUCGGUCAUUUCACACGCGUCUGAGAACUGGCAGAUAUCAUGCAUAGGUAGCGAUAGAACACUUAUUACAUAGAGAUAAAUUCAGUGCUUACUAUAUUUCGUAGCAUUUCAUACUUAACUCCUCUACAGCCUUUCUUUCGAAGCGUCUACAUAUUUGCAAAACUAGUCUACCUAACAAUUAAUUGCUUUUUUAGUAGUGUUUAGUUAGGUAGAUAUAGUAUAACUAUACGUGAAGCCAUUGAAGUUGCUCAGUUACACGCAAAGAGGAAGACUAUAUUCCUAUGGUUACUGCACGACGCACAAUAAGUAUUAGAGCAGAGAUUGAGUAGAGCUUUUAUUUUACAGAAAUGAUUACGCAGUUGUAUUCCGCAUUCUCUCUGUUUCAUUGGCGGCAAGGAGACAGCGUGCGCUAUGGAGGGCCGAGUACCCACGAGCGCCGGUGACCGGUCACAGACGAGUGUCAGACGCGGAGCGGGAUCCGCGCCCGGCUCCUUGGUGCUGCGUGCGUGUGUCGCGUGACCCCAGUGUUUAGUGCGGACGUCUGGCAAAAUGAUUGCGAUUAAAUGUUGGAUGCUGUUGGUGCCGUUUGUGACCAGGAAGUGGGCUGUAGCACAUGUAGACACAUCAGUCAACGCACAAUAUGAAGACAGAAAAAACCUUAGCAGCAUAGCCUCAAUAUUCUCACCCCGAAUGGACUUCGACCAGUGGAAGCCUCUGACUGGACGCGGGGACCCUCUUCGGCAGGACCCCACGUACGACUACGAGCCUCCGCUGCUCGAGCGGGUGCACUACUGGCUGGACGACACCAGGAUCGAGCGAGAACACUUUCCAGAGAGGAAGUCGGAGGUUCUCAUGUUAGGAGUCUCGUCACGUCGGCCCAGCCUAGGAUCUCGAAUGCCUCCUAUGAUCCCCAGAAGACACCAGAGACCGCAAACACCUAUCAAAUAUGAAGAUUUCGCAUACAAGAUAAGUGAUCGCUUUCCGAUGACCAUUCUUGUCCCACCACCGCCUCCGCCACCACUUAGCAUUCCAUCGCAUUUUGUAAGGCCCGAAGAUAAACUACCAGUGCAAGCCAGUCAAACUAUGCCCACCACGCCUGCGCCAUACGCAACAGAAUCCACACCUUUUCAAGACCAUAUAACUUCAUCUUAUGCCUUGCAGGAAGCCAACUUGAUAUACCAAUCUUCUUCAACAAAUAUAAACAAUUGGAUUUUAGAAUUACAGAAUAGUACGACUCCUGCCCCAAAAGGGGUAAGCAGCGAUUAUUCAGGGUGGGGACCUACAACUCUUAUAGAUGAUAAUAAUGUUGUAAAUGAAAGUUUUAAUUUAAUAUCGAGCGAUUACCCGCAAUCUUCAGACAAUCCAUAUACUUUCUACAGACCGAUGCUAUCAGAAGCGCCACCACCUCUUCAACCGACACCUAUACCAUUCGAGCCAACACCUCCUCCUACUUUCAUUCCUACUGCUCCACCGACUACAGUAGCUCUACAUUCCUCUAAUAGCACGCAGUCUACAUGGUCGAAUGAUGAAACAAUAAACAAUAAAUAUGAAGAGUUGACAACCCAAAAAUUAACGACUUAUCACUCUGAAUUAGUAACUGCUCCCACUAUCAAAUCAAAACCAGAAACUACCGUUUUGGAUAUGAUAAGCUCAAUGAUGUCAAUGCCUUUAGUCGACGGACCUGACAGACCUGAAGAUAAUCUAUAUGCACAUGCGUCUGAACACUUACAAGUGUAUAAGGAACAUUUUCCGGAAGACAACAUAAACAUAGAAACUAUGCAGACAAUGCAACCGCCACCUAUAAAACUAUCUGAAACUACAACCGCAUCUCAACAAAAACAUUCAAGUAGACCAAGUUCUGGUACAUUUAAAAAACCUAAUACACAUACCCAUGACCCUUAUUUACAUAUGCGAUUCACAACUCCAUUGCCAAAUACAAAAUCAACUGAUUUAUCUCAAACAGAAGAAUCUACAACACCCUCGACUCCUAUGUAUUUAAUAAUACAAGGUCAUUCUAAAGUAAAAACAUACAGCGCUAAGCCAGACAUAGAUUAUGACAAGAAUACUAUACUAACAAAUGAGAUUCCUAAGGUCAAUAGAACAAAUGAAGUGAAGCAUCUCCAUGCAACUAGAGAACAAAAUAAAGGUAAUAAAAUUGAAAUAAAAAGGAAAAGUAAAUCUCACUCUGAUUUAAAAACUUUAAUUGAAAACGGCCACGGUUCAAUUGAAAUUCAGGAAACUGAUAUCGGCAUAAAGUACGAUGUUAGUGAUGGUAGUAAUGUACCUGUAGAAAUAUAUAGAAAGGGAAUAGUGGAAAAUGACGAAAAUGCAUAUUCCUUGUCAUCACAAAACAAAAUCCCGCACGAAAAACGCGAAAAAAGACAAAUAGACUUGGAAGAUCUUAUCCCAUUUGAUGAAGACACAAUAGAGGAGUAUGUUUAUAAUUUCUUGGACAGUAAAAAGAACUCGACGGGUAUUACCGGACUGUUAGCACAAGCAGUGACGAGCGAUGCGGCCGGAGUUGUCGACGAACUCGAGGAUGACGACAGUGAUGAAGAAAGAUGAAUGACAAUCCUUUGAAUCUCACUAGUGCAAUUUGUUAAUAUUUUUAUUUCUACUUUGCAGUUUUACAAUGCCACAAAUCGGCUAAGUUGGAGCAAUUUUAGUUACCUGCAAGAGCAAUAGAACUUUUUCCUUAUUUGUGGGAUCUUUGAUGUAUAGAAAAAUGUAUUUUACAUUUACCUAGGAGUAGUUGAAUAUAAUUGUAUAGAUAUGUACACUGUGUUAUCAAACAACUCAUCGAAAACUGUAUUGUUUGAAUUAUUAAUAAAAGUGUAACUACGUGAAGUACAACAUCUCUUUCAUAAUGCUAAAAAAUAGUAUCUACUUUCUAGGUCACAUUUAUAGUACAUUCUACCUAGAUCAACGCUGAACUUUUUAUUUUAUUUUUGUACCUAAAUAUAGGAUUUCGUAGGACAUCUUUCUGUGAUCUAGAGCAUUCUGUAAUUUAUUUAUUUAUUCAAACAAUUAUGUCUACUUACAUAAUCAUACGUACACAUUAGUUAUUAAAUUAUGAAUAUAAAAUAUUAUGAAUAAAUUUGUUGUUUUGUUGACUG